UUUAUCACCCUUUCGUUUCUGUUUCGUAUGUGCGACUGCGGCGGCGGUGGUGGGGAGGGUGAACUAAUUCUGAAAGAGCUCUGACAGUGCCCACAGCUCACACAUACAUCCCACCCACGCACCACAACUAGCCCACUCUGUCGCCCAAUCGGCAUACACUCAUUCAUGCGCAGAAGUGGGUGUAGGUGGAAAUAAUUAUUGGGCCGGUCCGUUUCCACGGAAUCCAGCCCGGGAUUUGACUCCACCUCCAGCCGCUUUCCAGUGACAGAAAGUGUUGGGACGGAGUCUGGCAGGGAGAAGAGGCAAGGCAGAGGAGAUCGAAAGAGAGAGAGAGAGGCGCUGCUCCGAAGUCAUCCCCAAAUACAUUUCAAUGACCAGGAGAGCUUGGGAAAAGCGCACUUUCCUGCCGGCGCACGAGCGAGGCUACUUCCCUUGGAGGAGUUUCCACAAAGCGAUCUCGCCAGCCGGGAUCACUUUUGGGAAAGGGCAGAAUAAGACGACGAGAGGACUUCCCAGAUCCGUCGGACGGGGACUUACUGGAGUGGAAACCAGAGUGGCAUUUGGACGAGAAGUAAUCGAAGAGCCCGUAUCUUCCCCCCACACCUACCCUUCCCCCCUCCACCCCCACUCCAGUAGAGAUGAACACAUCGUGUUCGCCUUCCCCAAACUAGUUCGGGUCCUAAGCUUCGCUCCCCCUCUUCGUUUUCCCAAGAAGCUCCCCCCGCGUAAUAAUGACAAAGGAUUGCAAAGGCGAGCGUGGAUCGAGUGAACGAUCCCCUUAACUGGAUUACUAAAUGGGACGCUCCAUCAGCUAGUCUUCUUAAGGCUCCAAAUACAUGCACCGACGAGAACAAGUUGGAAACUAGACUUUCUUCUGCAAUAUCUUUAAUUGGUGGGUCGUGAAAUGCUUUCAGUAAUUAACUAAUUACAUUUCAAAGCAAAGAUAGGGUGAAGUGAAGGAUUAGUUUCCCAGUUGAACUACUAUGAGGUCAGAAGCCUUGCUGCUAUAUUUCACACUGCUACACUUUGCUGGGGCCGAUUUCCCAGAAGAUCCUGAGCCAAUCAGUAUUUCGCAUGGCAACUAUACAAAACAGUAUCCAGUGUUCGUGGGUCACAAACCGGGACACAACACUCCACAAAGGCACAGACUUGACAUCCAGUUGCUCAUGAUAAUGGACAGAACCCUCUACGUUGCUGCUAGGGACCAUAUUUAUACUGUUGAUAUGGAUUCAUCACACACAGAAGAAAUUUAUUUUAGCAAAAAAUUGACAUGGAAAUCCAGACAGCUUGAUGUAGACACAUGCAGAAUGAAGGGAAAACAUAAGGAUGAAUGUCAUAACUUUAUUAAGGUUCUUCUAAAACGAGAUGAUGAUACAUUAUUUAUUUGUGGGACAAAUGCCUUCAGUCCUUCCUGCAGGAAUUAUAAGAUGGAUACUUUGGAAUUUCUAGGAGAUGAAUUCAGUGGAAUGGCUAGAUGUCCUUACGAUGCAAAGCAUGCCAAUGUCGCACUGUUUGCAGAGGGAAAGCUGUAUUCUGCCACUGUGACAGAUUUCCUUGCAAUAGAUGCUGUGAUUUAUCGGAGCCUUGGAGACAGCCCAACGCUACGGACAGUCAAACAUGAUUCAAAAUGGUUGAAAGAACCAUAUUUUGUUCAUGCGGUAGAUUAUGGUAACUAUAUCUACUUCUUCUUUCGGGAAAUUGCAGUGGAAUAUCACAGUAUGGGGAAGGUGGUUUUCCCCAGAGUAGCUCGAGUUUGCAAGAAUGACAUGGGUGGAUCUCAACGAGUGCUAGAAAAGCAGUGGACUUCCUUCCUGAAGGCACGAUUGAACUGUUCAGUACCUGGUGAUUCGCAUUUUUAUUUCAACAUACUGCAGGCAGUUACCGAUGUUACCCAAGUUAAUGGCCGGGACAUUGUCUUAGCAACUUUUUCUACUCCUUAUAACAGCAUCCCUGGCUCUGCUGUCUGCGCUUAUGAUAUUCUCGACAUUGCCAGUGUAUUUACUGGAAGAUUCAAAGAACAAAAGUCUCCAGAUUCAAUAUGGACACCAGUUCCUGAUGAAAGAGUGCCGAAACCCAGGCCAGGUUCCUGUGCAGGCUCCAGUUCACUUGAAAAAUACACAUCUUCCAAUGAAUUUCCAGAUGACACACUAAAUUUCAUCAAAACACAUUCUCUCAUGGAUGAAGCAGUACCAUCAGUUGUGAACAAGCCAUGGUUUCUCCGCACUAUGGUUAGAUACCGCUUGACGAAAAUUGCUGUAGAUAAUGCUGCUGGCCCAAAUCAGAACCAUACCGUGGUUUUCCUUGGAUCAGAAAAAGGAAUUAUUUUGAAGUUCUUGGUCAGGACAGGGAACAGUGGUUUUCUAAAUGACAGCCUUUUCCUGGAGGAGAUGAGCAUUUACAACUCUGAAAAGUGCAGCUAUGAUGGGGUGGAGGACAAAAGAAUUAUGGGUAUGCAACUGGACAAGCAAAGCCGUGCCCUCUAUGUAGCAUUUUCAAACUGUUUGAUAAGAGUGCCCCUCGGAAGAUGUGAGCGUCAUGGCAAAUGCAAAAAGGCCUGCAUAGCUUCUAGGGAUCCAUACUGUGGAUGGAUGAAAGAAAGUGGAGCAUGCAUGCAGCUUCUACCUGGAGCAACAUUGGCCUUUGAGCAGGACAUAGAGCAUGGCAAUACUGAUGGCUUGGGUGACUGCCAAAAUUCGUUCGUAGCACUGAAUGACAUUUCAGCUCCUCCAUCAGACCAUGAAAUGUCUUACACUACAGUGUAUGGACACUCCAGUUCGCUACUUCCCAGCAUGUCUACUUCAGACUCUCCAGCCCAACAGGGUUAUGAUGCCGGAGGGCACAUACUAAAUUGGAAGGAUCACAUUGGCUCAUCUGAGAAUAUCAAUCCAUAUGUGGCUGUCUCGUCCCAUAAUCACCAAGAGAAAAAGGGAGUGAUCCGUGAGAGUUAUCUCAAGGGGCAUGAUCAGUUGGUGCCUGUCACCCUCCUGGCUAUAGCAGUCAUUCUUGCCUUUGUCAUGGGAGCCGUCUUCUCGGGGAUCAUAGUAUACUGCAUCUGUGACCAUCGGCGUCGAGAUGCCACCAUUGUGCAGAGGAAGGAGAAGGAGCUGGUCCAAUCUCGUCGAGGUUCAAUGAACAGUGUCACUAAGCUCAGUGGUCUCUUUGGAGACAGUCAGUCCAAAGAGCCAAAGCCUGAAGCCAUUCUCACCCCUCUCAUGCACAACGGUAAGCUUGCUACUCCAGGAAGCACAGCCAAAAUGCUCAUCAAAGCUGACCAACAUCAUCUGGACUUGGCUGCUCUACCUACUCCAGAGUCCACCCCGACACUUCAGCAGAAGAGGAAGCCAAGCCGUGGCAGCAGAGACUGGGAAAGAAACCAGAAUCUCAUCAAUGCCUGCACAAAAGAUAUUCCCCCCAUGGCGUCACCUGUGAUUCCCACAGACCUUCCUCUCAGGGCUUCUCCCAGUCACAUCCCAAGCGUUGUAGUCCUGCCUAUUUCUCAGCAAAGCUAUCAGCAUGAAUAUGUUGAUCAGCCUAAAAUGAGUGAUGUGGCACAGAUGGCCAUGGAGGACCAAAAUGCUACUCUUGAGUACAAAACCAUAAAAGAGCAUCUCAGUGGCAAAAGCCCAAAUCAUGGGGUGAAUCUUGUGGAAAACCUGGAUAGCAUGCCACCAAAAGUCCCCCAGAGGGAAGCUUCUCUUGGUCCUCCUGGGUCCUCUCUUGCUCAGAGCAGUCUAGGGAAACGAUUGGAGAUGCAUUCUUCUGCUUAUAACGUGGACUACAAGAGAAACUACCCUACGAACUCGCUUACGAGAAAUCACCAAACAUCAACACUCAAAAGAAAUAACACUAAUUCUUCUAAUUCCUCCCACCUUUCAAGAAAUCAGAGUUUUGGCAGGGGAGACAAUCCUCCUCCUGCCCCACAAAGAGUGGACUCCAUACAAGUCCAUGCUGCUCAGGGUCAGACUGUGACUGUUUCUAGGCAGCCCAGUCUCACCACAUACAACUCGCUGACAAGAUCAGGGUUGAAACGUACACCGUCGUUAAAACCAGAUGUACCCCCCAAGCCCUCUUUUUCCCCUCUUUCAGCAUCCAUGAAGCCUAAUGAUGCAUGUACAUAAUCACCGUGGGGUGGGGGGGGAACAGCUGUGGAUCAUGGAAUAUCCUUAAAAACCGGGAUUCAGCAAUGGCAAUGCUAGUUUCAACUGACCAAGAAACUGCAAAGCUGAAGGACAUUCUGCUCUGGGAAAAGUGGAAUGUUUUUAAGGAAUUGGGCCAUACAGUCUAUGGUUUGCAACUGUAGGACCCACCCUCACAAUACAACAGCUCUUCACUCAAAAGACUAACUGCAAACAUUGAGCCAAAAGCACACACACGAAAGAUGACUGUGAUCCUUCACUUUUAACUGCACAGAGCAUCCUAGAACUGGGAAAUGAGUGCUUUGAAAGCAAAAAUGCCCUGAGAAAGGAACAACUCACAAAAAGACAAAAGGAACCUAUUGUUUAAGCUAACUCUUACUGAACCGUGACAGACUCUUACUAUAUGCAGGUACUGUGAAAGCCCAUCAGUGUUACAGCCUUUUGAUUAUAGCAGAUUUGCCAUGUUGGGCAAGAACAACCCUGUCAUAGGUUAUUGCUACUCUUCUCUCUUAAUGAAUAACAUGUGACUGUUAACGCAAGUAACUAUGAUUAUUUAUUGUUCAUCUUUUUUGUCUUUUUUUAAAUCCUAAGGAAAUUACUUAUGCCUACCAUCAUAUGAGCAACUCUUUCCAGAAGGAAAAACAAAAUACAUUGAAAUUUAUGCCUAUUUAACGUGAAACCCCAUUAACUAGAGUAAUUAAAACUCUUUUUAUUUUUCCAAUAAAUUCACUGAGUUAAAAUAAG